UUUUUAUGGUCCGAUAAACAAUUUUCCAAAAAGUUUUGGACCAGCAGCUUAUUAUAAUUUUGAAAAAUGUCAUUCAGUGUUGAUUCAGACUUGGAGACAAAAGUUCGGAAAUCCACUGAAAGAAUAUCAGAGAAUAUGCACAUUGUAGCAAAUGAACCCUCGUUGGCUUUCUACAGACUCCAAGAACAUGUGAGAAAAGCCUUGAAUCCUAUGGUUGAUCGUAGAGUAGACGUCAGCAAGUUACAUACAGAACUACAAGGCCGCUGUUAUGAUAUGGAAUAUGCAGUAGGAGCAAUAAAAGCAAUGGCCGCAGCAGAGGAAAGUUUCAAGAAUAUACAAGACAAUUUAAAAAAUGCCAUAUUUCUCAAACAACAACUGAAAUAUGAGGAAUCAAGAAGAAAGAAAUCAGAUACCAGUUCGGUUUAUAAACGUUUAUCUGCACAUAUAACCUUAGAUCUCCCAGAACUGCCCGAGUUAUCAGAUGUCGUUAGAGAAACUGCUAAUCGUGUGGAACAUAUGAUGUCAAAAGCUACACAUUCCUCAACUAAUAGUUAGUGUUCAUGUCUCCUGUAGGUUCUGCUUGUUAUGUAAAUAAUGCAAUAUAUUUUUUUGUACAU